UCAUACGUCAUACAUGACAGUUCGAUUAAAUUAAAUUUCUUACAACAGCCAAAAUCGAAAUCCGGAAAUUUCAUUGAAAACGAAUAAAACAUAAAACCUUCGUCAAGCAAGGUUCAUGCCAAUUGCAAGCAUUCGAUCUGAUUGAUACACAAUUACAAGAAAUAAUGGGACCACAAUUAGAAGGUUUGACACACAAUUAUGAUGAUGAGUGUAGUGACCAAGAUGAGGUAGUUGCUGGACAUGUUCCUUAUGCAAAUAACUGUGAUGACAGUGAAGUGGUGUUCAAUAAUGGGAAAUGGAGCUCCUAUACUCCCCAACAACUGAAGAGGCCCAAAACUAUAAAGCUAUCAUGUACGAAAACGGUACAAAAUAAAAAAUAUAUUUCUGUUAACUCUCUACUAAUGGAAGAAAAGCUGAAUUUUUCGAAACUAUAAUAAGAAAAAUUCAUCGAAGAACAAUAAAAAAAUGGAAGUAUAUCAAAAAAAAGGUUCAGCUGUUGGAUUUACAGAUCAAUGCAUUCGAUAAGUAGAAAACAAACGAUUUAUUUUGUUAAUUUUUGGAAUAUUUUCAAUUCCACUUUUUUGGUAUUUCGCAUUUUUCAGGAUAAUAUGUUAGUUUAAUAAUAAACUGUUUUCA